CCCAGGAUGUCUGCUUCUCUUAACAUAUCAUGUGUUGGUCUCAAUUAUGCUUCAGCAACUUCUGCUUCUGCAGUACUAAAUCUCCUGCCAGUGUUAACUUUCUUUUUGGCUCUUCUGUUGGGAAUGGAGUCUUUGCAAUUAAAGAGCUUCCAUGGGAUUGUGAAAGUUUCUGGUAUAGUGAUUUGUGCGGCUGGUGUUACUGUACUAGCGUUAUACCAAGGACCAGAGCUCAAAUCUAUAGUCCAUCAUCCUAUUUUUCGCCACCCAAGUCGAGUUGAUACUCAUCCCUCAAGGAGCUGGAUAUUGGGAAUUCUCCUGCAGUCUCUUGCGACUGUAAUGUUUGCGCUUUGGACAGUGUUUCAGGGCUCUUUGCUGGAGGAGUAUCCGUCCAUGCUGCUUAACACGAGCCUUCAGAUUGUCUUUGCGACUGUUCAAUCAUUUUUUAUGGCUCUAGUGAUGGAGAGGGACUUUUCAAGAUGGAAGUUGGGACUGGAUGUAGGUCUUGUGGCGAUCAUCUAUUGUGGUUUAUUUGUUACCGCAUUGGCAAACUACCUCCAAAUCUGGGUGAUUGGCAGGUGCGGCCCAGUAUUCCUGGCCAUGACGGUACCCCUAAUUUUGGUUAUCACAAUCAUUCUGUCACUUCUCAUAGGAGAAGCAGUCACCCUUGGAAGUGUAAUAAGUGGCGCGCUCAUGGUUGGUGGCCUGUACAAUGUUCUCUGGGGGAAGAGAAUAGAGCAAGUAGCUCUCUGCAAGCAAGGAGGUAGCGGAGAAAAUGGAUCAUGCUUAGAUUUGGAGGAACAAGAAAGCGGUGCGCCAGUUCCAGCAACGUGGGAUUCAAUCAAGCCAGUGCCAGGUUCGAUAGAGAGAACUGAUACAUCAAGCUGAACUGUGACCAUCAAGCGAUGUUAUUAUAGGUGUAUAAAAGCUUUUGCUUCAGGUCAGCCCACCAGAAACCAUUCAGAGAUCUGUAAUAUUGUUUACUGCAAGUCAGCUAUAGCAGCUUUAAUUGUU